AUGUGGCAGCCUAGAGGAGAAAUUCCAUUACAUGUACAAGCCACACAUUGGGCCUCUCAGGUGGGACUUGAUUCUCAGAUUCCAUGCUAUGAAAUUGAUCACGAUGAGGUGAACAUGAAUGAAGCAACUCUUAUUGGAGAAGGUUCAUAUGGUGAGGUUUACCUAGUGAGGUGGCGCGGUACAGAAGUUGCUGCAAAAACAAUUCGCUCUUCAAUUGCGUCAAAUCAAAUGGUGAAGAAAGCCUUUCUAAAGGAACUGGCCUUGUGGCAGACGUUGCGCCACCCAAACAUAGUACAGUUCCUUGGUGUUCUAAAGCACUCUGACCGCUUGAUAUUCCUCACCGAGUAUCUUCGCAAUGGAAGUUUGUAUGAUAUACUAAGAAAGAAAGGAAGGUUGGAUCCAUUGACAGCUGUUAGUUAUGCUUUAGACAUUGCAAGAGGUAUGAAUUACCUUCAUCAGCAUAAACCGUAUGCUAUAAUACACCGGGAUUUGACUCCAAGAAAUGUUUUGCAAGAUGAAGCUGGGCGCCUAAAAGUUACAGAUUUUGGCCUAAGCAAAAUUGCGCAGGAAAAAGAUGCUUAUGGUUAUAAAAUGACUGGAGGAACAGGAUCAUAUCGGUAUAUGGCUCCUGAGGUUUAUCGUCGAGAAUCAUAUGGAAUGAGUGUUGAUGUCUUUUCAUUUGCUCUAUUAGUACAUGAGAUGUUCCUAGGGGGACCUUCAAAUAGGGAGGAAGCUCCUGAGAAAGUGGCAGACAAGCGAGCGUAUGAAGAUUCACGUCCACCUCUUUCUUCAUAUGUAUACCCUGAACCAAUCAAGAUGCUUCUUCGAGAAUGCUGGCACAAGAAUCCAGAUUGCCGACCUACAUUUGAAGAAAUAAUCUUACAGCUGGAGAUUAUUCAAGAGAGUUUACAACAUAACAAUGGCAUUGUAGCCUGCUGCAGCUGUCAUGUUUUGUGA